UAUGUUGCCAUUCCGCCUUCCCAAGUGGAUACACAGUUGGCCCAGAGGCAACCCAAAAAAGAAAAAAAUCUCCACGCCACCGAUGGCAUGCUGACAUCACGAUUUUACGAUCGCCGGCUGCCGUGAUCUCUCUCUGUAGCUGCAUCUGCUGCCUUGUGUGAAUCAGCGUCCUUUGAGCUGCCUCCCCACCCCGCCCCCCCCCCCCAAAAAAAAAAGUCUUCGUCGACACCCGUUGUGGCAACGUCAUCCACCGUUCACCUCCCUCUACCUUCGUUUGCAGGAGAAUGGGACUCUGGACAAUACUUGAGGGGUUUCUGCUUCUUGCAAAUGCACUAGCAAUAUUAAAUGAGGAUCGGUUUCUUGCUCCUAGAGGAUGGAGUUUCUCAGCUCAUACAGGUGACAAGGCAAAAUCAUUCAAAGGCCAGCUCAUUGGCCUCAUAUACGCAACUCAAUACCUGAGAGUACCUCUUGUGCUUCUGAACACCAUCUUCAUUGUUGUAAAGUUGGUUUCGGGAUGAUGACUGGAAUGGUGACAUACCAAUGCUUAUGCCUGUUGUAAGCUUCGGAAUGAUUUUGUUACUACAUUUGCAAGAUACAGUGAUGACUGUUAAAUGUUGAUUGAAUUGAAAUGUAUAUCUGCUGUCAUGUUAGUACAUUCAGCUUUUCAUGUGUUUCACCAAUAAAAAACAGCAGUACACAAAAAUCAGUAUAUCUGAUUUUGUUACUAUUAAGUGUACAGGGUGCGUUUUUAUUUAUCCAUACUGCUCGUAUUUAUUACAUGGGCAGAAUUUGGUUAACAAUUCUAGUGAUCAGUAGUUCUAUCUUCUUCUCCAUUUUGAUUGUGAACGCAAGGAAUUAUUACUGGAAUGUAGUUGUAUUUUCAGAUUGAAGUAUUAAUACAAUGUACAUUGCCUAUGAA